GGUAGCGCGAUAGGCAACAUGUCUUAACUAAAACUGUGCUACAAAAUGCGUGUGUGCCUGGUUUAUAUGAUAAUGGGAUGUGGACUCCAUUUCGCGUUCAGUCUUGAUGCCAUUUGCCGAAUUGUGCAGCGCAAUCGGGCGGAGUGUGAGGAGCAUCGUGUGCAAACCGUGGAUGGGUAUCAGCUGACCGUACAACGUAUUCCGCCGCCGCGCAACCAGAGCUGCCCCACACUACAGCCAUUCGUGCUGAUGCAUGGUCUAAUCGGUUCGGCGGCCGAUUUUGUGGCUGCGGGUCGCGCAAGCGCCUUAGCGUUCCAGCUGCAUGCACGCUGCUUCGAUGUCUGGCUGCCCAAUGCACGGGGCACCACAGAAUCGCGGAGACAUCGCACAUUGUCGGCCAGGCAGCCGGCCUUUUGGGAUUUCAGCUGGCAUGAGAUUGGCGUCUACGAUUUGCCCGCCAUUGUGGAGCAUGUGCUGGCCGUGACGGGUCAGCGACAGCUGCACUAUGUGGGCCACUCGCAGGGCACCACAGUGCUGCUCGUGCUACUGGCACAACGGCCCGACUUUAAUGCGUGGUUUUCGAGCGUUGCGCUGCUGGCGCCAAUUGCGUAUUUGCAGCACUUGAGCAGUCUGCCGUUGCGUUUGCUGGCCAGCGAUCCGGCUGGCGUCACGCUGCUGCUGAAUCAGCUAGGCCUGCACGAGCUGCUGCCCGCCACGCCGUUGAGCCAGGUGGGCGGGCAGCUCUUCUGCAGCCCAGCGCUGCCCACCUAUGCGCUCUGCACGCUCCUCACAUCGCUCUAUGUGGGCUUCAGCGAAUAUCCGCUGGAUCGUAGCAUAUUCCCACGCAUUCUGGAGACGACACCGGCGGGCAUCUCACGUGGUCAACUGCUGCACUUUGGGCAGCUCAUCAACAGCGGUAAAUUCCAACAGUACGACUAUAGCUCGGCACGGCUCAACUCGCUGCGCUAUGGCCAGGCCACACCACCCACCUAUCAGCUGGAAAAUGUGCGCCUCAACCUUAUGCUCUUCUAUGGUAACCGGGAUGCAUUGUCCAGCCGCCGGGAUGUGCAGCAUUUGGUGCGAGAGUUGCGCAACAGUCGGGUCAAGCUCUACCAGGUGCGAGGCUAUAAUCACAUUGAUUUCCUCUAUGCAACCACAGCGCCGCAGAUGAUCUACGAACGCAUCAUACAACAGGCCAGGCAAAUAAAUUGACU